GUCCCUACGAAGUCCGGGAAAAAGCACCCGCUCUGGGUCCGGGUAUAAAUACGUGAACGUGACUGACCGUCCAUCGCUGCAGGGAGAGGGGUUUUUAAGCAGAGACGCCAAUUCCCAGAUGACACACACCAGAGCCGAACCAUGCCGUAACGACGGGACCGCGGAAGCUGGACCGAAACGUCAGGAAAAAGAAGCUCUUCUCGUUUACUACAGCCACACUGCGGAGGCUAAGACUCAAGCUGUCAUGGAGUACAUGAUGGACCUGCUGGAAUGUGGCCGGGAGAAGUUCCUGGUCUUUGCCCACCACAAGUUGAUGCUGGACAGCAUCACCAAAGAACUAGGAGAGAAGAAUAUCAGCUAUAUACGUAUUGAUGGAGCCACACCGUCAGCUGAGCGCCAAGCACUGUGCCAUAGAUUCCAGUUCUCUGAAAAAAAGUGUGUGGCAGUGCUGUCUAUCACAGCAGCCAACAUGGGCAUCACGCUUCACUCAGCUAGCCUGGUGCUGUUUGCGGAGCUCUUCUGGAACCCGGGGGUACUGAUUCAGGCAGAGGACCGAGUCCAUCGCAUUGGACAGACCAGCAGCGUGGAUGUUCACUAUCUGGUGGCCAAAGGCACAGCUGAUGACUAUCUCUGGCCAAUGAUCCAGGAGAAGAUGAAUGUGUUGAAAGAGGCAGGGCUUUCAGAAUCCAGCCUCUCUGAGAGUGCAGAAUUGACCAGCUUCCAGUCCAAGGACCCACAGAAGAGGACAAUUGCUGAGGUGUUUCAAAGGUCCUUCAGUGAAGAUCCAGACCCAGAUGAAGCUGCUCUUCUGGCAGUAGCCAGUGCAUGGGAAGACUGUGACCCAGAAAGAAUUUCUGAUAUGUCAGGAAAUAUGGCAGAAAGCCAAUGCAAAAAACCAUGCAUUGAACAUUUCUUCUGAA